AGAAGCUACAGGAUUUCUUGCUUUGGAAAUAAGCGUGAGAUAACUUGUAGUAUUUACAAACCAGAAGAAUGAAGGGGAUAAUCUUCUUGCUGCUCCUAUUGUACUUACAGAGAGGCAGCACUGGAUUCAAUACUCCAGGAAAGCUCUGGACCACAGGGCAGGAUGGAGAAACCCAGACAAGUCACUCAGAUUUGACUCCAUCUCAGACCACAAUUGUGGGGUUACUCCAUUCUGACAUCCAAGCUGUUGAAGCAAGUGACUCACGGAGACCUUCUUUUGCAUCUUCAGAGAAGGCUCUGGGAAAUAAAGCAGUGAAGAAAUCCCCCAAUCCUACAGUCUCUACUCCUGCAAGCCAGUCAAAUGAACAUAGUGAUGAUGACUCUGACAAAGAUAAGAUGGGAAGCUCAUCGAUCAGCAAAGGGACAUCUCUACAGAGCAAUGCUAGAGAGGUCCUUCUCCAGCAAAAGGUCACUACGAGACAGGAUACAGCUACAGAGAACAGAUCUCUCAAGCAAUCAUCCCAUAGCACUGGUAUCACCAGCUCCCAGCAGGAUGCCAACUUCAAAGCAUCUGGCUUUCAAACCAUCAGAGGAAAGAACUGGUGUGCUUAUGUUCAUACCAGACUCUUACCUACAGUGGUGGUGGACAACCUGGAAACCUUCUCAUCAGACAGAGUGAAGCCUUGCACUUGGCAUGCUGGAUCCUGUGCUCAGAGGUCUCAAACAGCAACACAUCAAGCCUACAGAAUCAAACAUAAAAUAGUUACAUCAUUGGAGUGGAAGUGUUGUCCUGGAUACAGUGGGCAAAACUGCCAACACAAAGCUCAAGAACAACAAUCACUAAUACACAGUAACCAGGCUGAAAGCAGCAGAACUGUCACUGAGAGGACACCAGGAGCUCUUCAGGACCCCAAUGGGCCAGCACUUGUACAAAAAAUGAACGAGAAGAUUAGCAACCAGGAGAUGAAACUGACUUUUCUACAGAAGAAGGUUGACAGCAUCACUGCUGCAAUGAAUGAUGUGAGCGAGAUGUUUUCUUCCUUGGAAAGCAAAAUCAAUGAAGAUAAAGGCAGAGACGUCCUAUCUUUUCUAAAAGGUCUCAAAUCCAGAAGUAUUAAUGAAUUAAUCAAGGACAUUGUCAAAGAACACUUUAAAAUAUUUCAAGGUGAAAUGCAAGAGAGCAUGGCUCAAAUUUUCAAGACUGUGUCUAGUUUGUCAGAUGAUCUUGAAAGUACAAAAGAUGUAGUCAAACAUCUGAACAAAACCCAGCAAAAAUUUGCUCAGGAGAAAGACAGUGAGCCAACAAAGCUUGACAUUCUGGAGCUAAAGAGUCAUAUGGUACAGAUGCAAGAAGAAAUGACCCUUACUUGUAACAAGCCUAUGAAAACUUUACAGGAAAAGCAGAAAUCCUUGGAAGAUAACUUGAAGCAUCAACAGUCAAGAAGUGCUAUUUAUUAUGAAUCUUUAAACAGGAGCCUUACUGAAAUGAAAAAUGCUCAUGAACAACUGCUAUCAGCUGAACAGUCUUCAAGCCAAAACAUCCCUUUGGCAGAUGAAGUCAUGAAGUACAAUGUAACAGAGUACAUGUUCACACUGCAUGAGAAAGUAAAGAAACAAGGCAUGAUGGUGCUGCAGAUUUAUGAUGACUUAAGGGUUCAAGAUAGCAAGAUCAGCAAUCUCAGUGUUGCACUGGAAAUUCAGAAAUACUCUGUUCUGGGAGUCUGUGAUAACAUGUUAUCAGAGAGCAGAAGAGAUUUCCAGACACAGCUGGCAGCAACACAGGAAAAUGUGCUUGUCCUAAAAAAAAGUCUCUCUGACCUGGUCCUUCCAUUAGACAAUAAGAUGGACAAAAUGAAUGAGCAAAUUAAUGAUUUGUGUUAUGAUAUGGAAAUCCUGCAACCCCUAAUUGAACGAGGGGUACCUUUUAGUCUUACUUCAGAAUAUGAACAACAAAUUCUAACUGAAAAAAUCAAUGAGAAGCUUGAAAACUUCACUACUAUCAUUAACAGAAUGAGUUCUGCAAUUCAGGAGCUUUCCAUAACUCAGGAAGGACUUAAAAAUGAAUCUCAGGCUUAUCAGGAACGAUUUGAGAGUCGUGUUAAGGAAUGCUCCAUGGAAAUAGAAGAUGGAUUAAACGAGACCAUGGUAGUAAUAAACACUGUCAUUGAUUCUAUUCAAGAUAACUAUGUACUGAAAGAUAUGCUACAUACUCUGAGAAAUGAGACUGAAGUCUGCUGUGGCAAAGCUGAGAAAGUGGACAGCCUCCUCUCUUUCAUUCCCCAGUUCCAGCAGUUGAAUGAAUCCCUCUGGACACUGCUCACUGUCAAGAAGAAUGAAUUCACUUCCCAAGUAGCACCAUCUUUUUCUGAUCUUCUGUAUGAGGAGUCUGACAAAAGUAACCUCCUCAAUUUCAAAAGAGUUUCCUAUAGUUUAAAUGCUACAUCAUCAAAAGUGAACAAUCUACAACUAAAUGUUAGCCGCUUGGAAGAGAAACUGUUUGAUUUUGUGGAGGAAUCAAAGGACCAUGAGGUUCGCCUAUUGAAUGUGGAGUCAAAAAUUUCCAAGUUUUUGGCAAACAACUGUGUCUCAGUGAAAAAAACCAAAGCUGCCUCAACAGAGAAAGAGCAAGUGGUUUCACUUCAGCUCCAGGCACUGAAUUCCAGGAUCAAGGCCCUGGAAGCCAAGUCGAUUCGCUUCUCAAACAGCAUUCCACUUCUGAACAAGACUGCUCAUGAGGCCUGGGGGCUGUGUCAGGAUACCAACAGCAGCAUCCACAAAGUGAACAUGAGUAUACCUGUGCUAAUUAAACUUGCUCAGCCAGAUAUCCCCCUGCUGCAGAGAGGCCUCAAAGAGCUCAUUGAAUCUGUGCUUGAAAUAAAAGCAGGAACUAUCUUGACAAAUUUAACGCAGCAUGUUGACAUGUCAGUGGCAAAUGUAAUGAACAACACCGCCAAACUUCAGAAGCAAGUGAAACUAGUUAUGAAGAAACCAGCCCCAGCGAAAAAAGGAGCAUCAAACACCACCAUGAGCCUAGCAAGCCGCAGUCAGAGAAACGCGGAUAAUACUAUAGAUCCAGGACAGUAUUCAGCUUGUGUCAGUUCCCCGUGCCAGAAUGGAGGAACCUGUAUCAACGACAGACAGAGUUUUAUUUGUGCUUGUCGCCACCCCUUUGGAGGAGUCAACUGCAGCACGAAGCUGGUGAAUGACAACUCUCUGAGUGUCGAUUUUUCAAAAGGAUCAUACAGAUAUGCACCUAUGGUGGCUUUUUUUGCCUCUCAUACGUAUGGAAUGACAACUCCAGGACCCAUCAAAUUUAACAAUCUUGAUGUCAACUACGGAGCUUCAUUUGCCCCAGCAACUGGGAAGUUCCAUGUUCCCUAUCUGGGAGUCUAUGUUUUUGAGUAUACCAUUGAAUCAUUUAGUCCACGUGCCUCUGGCUAUCUGGUCAUUGAUGGAAUAGAUAAACUCACUUUUCAGGCUGAAAAUAUUAAUAGUAACAAGUAUGCUGACAGGGUAAUCACUGGAAAUGCUUUAUUAGAGUUAAAUUAUGGGCAAGAAGUGUGGCUCAGACUAGCAACUGGCUCCAUACCAGCGAAGUAUCCACCAGUAACUACGUUUAGUGGUUACUUGUUAUAUCGCACCUAAAUCGGUCAUAAAUGCAACAGUUACCAUCAAAUGAAGUGAUCUGCAUGUAAGUUUAGCUUUGCCUUUAAAUACUUUGUUUCUGUAACAGUAGUAACUUUCCCAAAGUAACCAACGUGAUGGAGUUUGAAGUGCUGCUUCUGCAAGAAGUUGCUUGCUUGUAGCACUGUGCACAUCUGCAGAGUCCUUGGGUUGGAGAAAAAAAUGAGAAUCUUCCUUAUAUAAGCAUGACUGGGAAGCACACAUCUAAUUGUCCUCUGUGUUUGCAUUGCAUAAAUGUACUUACACAAGGUUGCUGAGAAUCAGUUCUCAAGGCAAAUCAAAGCUGCUUUUGAUUAUUCCUUUGCAAUCUGAGUACAUAUUGAAAGUGGAUAGAUUUUGAGGAUUCAGAUGCUGGGUUAUUACUUAGCUCAUUGUAUCAAGUGAUAAUCACAUGUAUAUAUUUUAUUUAGAAAAAAUAUAUUUCUUUUUUAUUUUACCUGCGAUUAUUCACUGCAUACUUUGAUAUGUCAGUGUUUAAUUGAUUCGUGAUUUUUUUUAACGUGAUCAGUAUGAUAACAGAAAGCAAGGGGGAAUACUUAAAAGCUCUAAAGUGCUCAUUUUUAACAGUGAAUAUAAUUAGUCUUGGGAAAACAUUAUAGUGGAUUUGAUGGAAUCUUUCUGUUGCUUGAAGCAUUUAAACCAUAUCUGGAUUUUCCUUAGAGGAUAUAUUUUUGAGCAAACAUGGUUAUAUUGGCUUCACACAGAUUUAGCAUAUAAAAUUUGGCCUGUAAAGUACAUAAAGUUAAAUGAGAUAAUCAUAGUACUUUCUAAGUUUGAGCUCUGUAAAUUUAUGAUAGUUUGUUUGUUUGUUUCUGCAUUAUGUUCACUAACUACUGAGGCAAGAAGAACUACAUUUCAGUCUGCAUAAACCACAAUGUGAUUUACAAGCAACAAUCCAACUCAAAAAAAAAAAAAAAAGAAAAAUGAUUUUAGUUCAUGCUAUGACUGUCUGAAACAAAAUGAAACAAAACAAAACCAAAAAGACCCAAAUCUUUAGGUUUUCAUCUUUAUCAGUUGCAAAAUCCUGAGUAGCUGGUUUGUUGAUGUCCCAUUGAUUUGUGUGACUGAACAAGUUUGUUUCUGGUUACUGCCUUUACUAAUUCGAAUUGGUCAGGUUUCAUGUCUCAUUGUAUUUGUCUCCCUCCCUUUCCUUGUUCACCCAGCUGAAAAAAUAAACUUUCUCACACUCCUCAUAUCCUCACAAAUUAAUGCCACAAGCCAGGUUUGCUCUUGCCACUACUGCCCUUACCACGUGUCAGGCAGGUUUGUCUCGGCAGGUUCCUAUUUGUGGCUCUAUUGAUCACCUACUGUUAAAGGAUCAGUCCUUCUUCUUCCAUAGCCUUGUUACUGUUAGCAAGCAUGCUCCAAUCAUCUAUGCCAGUUUAUUGAAACACAGAAUGUUUUGAAGCUCCAUGAAUUAUUUUGUUUUCCACUCUCAGGAACUUGAGUACACUUGAGAAUCUUCAGCUUUCUUCAUGGUAUGGUUUAGUUAAUGUAGCUUACCAAGUCUCAAGAUGAAAGCCCAAGACAUGACUGAAUUCUCUCAUGCUAUAUGUGGCAGACAAGACAACCCACAACAACUCAGAUGUAUAAAACUACACUUUGUUGUUCAAAGCUGUGAUGUGCAUUCUCCACCAGGAGCACUGGUACUGAGGCACAUCUGUGGGCAUGCACCUCUGUACACUGGCUGCCUGAACCACAGAAAUGAGCAUUGUCCCAGCUUCAAGGGGCCAUACUACUAUGGCUAGUGGGUAGGGACAGCAAUCAAGAAUCAAUAAAAGCUUUAAAUCCAAGCCCAUUUCCUGAGGAUUUAAAUCUUCUAGUUGUCCAUUAAGAGAUCUUGCAGUACAUAAAGUUACCCCAUGUUUCUUUGAAGGAUCUGAAAAAAUACAGCCAUAGAAUCAGAGAACUCCAUUCACUACAACUCUCUGUGCCCAGCCAUCCAGCCAGUUUUCUACCCACCUCAGAGUAGGCUGAUCUAAGCCAUGGGCAGCCAAUUUGUCCAGUAGGAUGUUGUGAGAGACUGUGUCAAAGGCCUUACUGAAAUUCAGGAAGACCAUAUCCACAGCCUUUCCCUCAUCCACUAAGCGGGUCAUCUUGUCAUCAGAGACUGGAUUGGUCAAACAGUAGCUACUGAAACAAAGACACUACUUUGAAGGUCAAUUGUAAAUCCUUGUUAGUAUGUUGGGAUGAUUUGCUAUUGUUUGUAUUUUUUGUUUGAAUUGGGUUUUGGGCCUUUUUUGAGGCCAGAAAUCCUUUCUUCUUUGUACUUUGUAGAUUUUUAAUGUACUAUGUACCUUGAAUGAGCAUAAACCAGACCUUUUUCCUGUCACAUAGCAUAUUUUUCUGCAAACACUGAGAAUCCCUGCUACCGCUCUGACUCAGCCUAGCGUAUCAUUGAAUUUUAUCAAAUAUAAUGACCACAAGCCCCUAUCACUCCUUCUAUGAUUUUGUCAUUUCAAUGUGUUUAGUUGUCUGUAUUCCUGCAGUGGCUAUGGGUAAAUGGCGUGAAAAUUACCCUGCAGAUGGAAUUUAAAUGACCCACCAGAGACUGCAUCUCUGCUUUAAUGUGACUUUCUUCACCUUUGCUGCCCUUGCCACUGAAUUCUGCAGGCUGGGUCCCCAUCUUCACAAACACUAUUUUCUCCUGGCAGCCAGAUAUUUUCUAUAUCAUCAUGAUGAUUUUCUUUUCUCUUUUUUUAUUUUUUUGGGAGGUGGGGGGAAGGUUCCACACAAAACUCCAAAUUCAUUGGGAUAUAGUGAGAAUUCUGACUGAAACCACAUCUGUAGGAUUACCACAUAGAAAAAUCAUUUCCCUGAUAGAAAACAGUGUUGAAGCUUAUUCUCAUACCACUGUUUAGGACACUGAAGAAAUAUUUUUAAAAUGUAGUAAAUGUGCACUUCCCUUUUAUACUGU